CAAGAAUUCUACUGAUAUGAAAUCAAUUCGUAUAAAUAGGAUCAUUCAUUUGACAGCAGGCAUCAGUUUGCUUAUAGCUUCUUAUCACUACUGAGUAGUCUGAAAAGUGUAGAAAAUCUUAUUCAAGAUGUACAAGAUUGUCUGCCUGUUCGCCAUCAUUGCAGUUGCAUCGGUUUCUGCCGAGCCAAAACCAGGAGUUCUUGCCUACAGCGCUCCUUUGGUAGCGGCGGCCCCAGCUGCCUUCGUGUCGGAAGGAGCAGCCGUCUACGAACGCACCUUCCACGGAAAUACUGCCCCACUGGUCCCAGUUGCUGCCUAUGCCGCUGCUCCCUAUGUCGCUGCUCCAUUGGCGUAUUCUGCUCCUUACGUUGCAGCCGCUCCACUGCUGGGCAAGUGAAUAUUUUGACGAUGCAGGAAAUGACACUGAUGCCGCUGAUCACUGACUGAGCAAUGAAGAAAAAUGUGAUAUUUAGCAAUCAAUACAAAUUUGAGUAAAAACACAA